AUGGCUGAGCUGUCCGAUCCGAGUACGACGCCGGAAUCCAAGGAGUUGGUUGCGGCGCCACACUCAAAGGAAGCGGAAGUGUCGGCAACCAGCGACGGGCACAAGAUCAAUGCCUCAGGCCAUGAGCAAGAGCUUGAGCGAAUCUUCAACCCAAUCGCUCUCUAUGGCUAUGCAGUCACAACGGGUAACACCUGGAUCACCAUUGGGGGUAGUAUUGUUGUUGCCAUCUACAACGGUGGACCACCUGGUGUGCUAUACGAGUUCAUCGUGGUGUCUGUAUGCUACUGGUUUGUUGCCGCCUCGAUUGCCGAGCUUGCUUCAGCAAUCCCAUCUUCUGGUGGAGUCUACCACUGGGCUGCAGUCGCUGCGGGGCCAUAUGGUCGAGUCAGUGGCUGGUUUGCCGGCUGGUGGAACUUUUUCGCCUGGCUUUUCGCAUAUGUGGGCACGGCCGAAAUCGUUGCCGAGUUGACUCUUUCCAUGUACGCCCUGUUUCAUCCGGACUUCGAGCUUCAAAGAUGGCAUGUCUUUGUGAGCUACCUCCUCAUCACGAUCAUCUCGUGCAGUCUGGUCUUGUUCGCGAACAGAAUCCUGCCCAUGGUGGAGGCCGUAGGUGGCUUCUUGGUCCUGACGGGGGUGUUCAUCACCAUCAUCGUGUGUGCUGUGAUGCCAGCUGUCAACGGACGACCAUAUGCCUCGCAUCGGUUUGUGUGGGGUGACUGGGUGAACUCCACCGGCUACAGCAGCAACGGCUUCGUGUUUGUCGCUGGCAUGUUGAACGGAGCCUUCUCCGUCGGCACACCCGAUGUCGUCUCGCAUUUGGCCGAAGAAAUCCCUAAACCAAGCGCCAAUAUUCCCAAGGCGGUCCUGACUCAGUUUAUUGUCGGGUUCAUCACCGCUUUCACCUACCUGAUCACCAUUCUGUACGGCAUCGACAGUCUCGACGAUGUGCUGGACAGUUCACUGGCCAUGCCGCUGGUUGAAAUCUACCGACAAGCGACUGGAUCGGCUGGCGGAGCCCUCGGAUUGAGUAUCCUGAUCCUGCUGCCCGCCUGUGCGGCAACCGUCGGUGCGUGUAUCACCGCCAGUCGUAUCCUGUGGACAUUGUCCCGUGAGAACGCAACGCCCUUCAGCAAGACCCUGCAUCGUAUCCACCCGAGAUUCAAGAAUCCAUUCAACUCCAUUCUGGUGGUCGGUGUCGCUACGAUCAUCUUUGGCGCAAUCUACGUGGGAUCCUCCACGGCCUUCGCCGCGUUUGUCGACUCCUAUGUUGUGCUGUCGUCACUCUCCUACAUUGCGGCCAUUCUGCCGCACUUGUUGACUAAGAGGUCCAACGUCACCCCUGGGUGGUUCUGGAUGAAGGGCGCCAUUGGGUAUAUUGUCAACGCCUUUUCGUGUGGUUACAUGAUCGCUUUCGUCGUCAUCUUCUGCUUUCCUUUCUCCCUACCAGUCACGGCCGAAAACAUGAAUUAUACCUGCCUGAUCACAGGGGGGCUGACAAUCUUCAUGGGUGCAUUCUGGUUCUGGCGGCAGAAGAAUUACAUCGGUCCUCAACGGGUGGCUUGA